AUGGGUCUUUCUCGAUUAAAUCGUAUACUAGCCGUUGUUGUUCUUGCAGUUGCUAUUAUUUAUGGAUGGAAAUAUCUAUUUGAAGCUCGGCGUCCACCAUGCUAUUCAGUUGAUGUCAAAUAUUUCGGUUUAAACAUUCCAAAAUCAAGUGAGACAGAAGAUUUGUCAAUAAAAUCAUUUAAAAUUCCAUUCGAUCGUUCGCAAAUUGAUGAUAUGAUUGAUCGUACGAGUAAAACUCGUUUUUAUGAGCCACAAAUAUUAAUUGAUAAUCAAUACGUUAAUAAAUCAACCUAUGGUUUUAAUCGCCAAACACUUGAAACUAUUCGUGAUUAUUUAAUGAAUACAUAUGAUUGGAAAAAAACAGUAGAAGAAUUAAAUACAUUUGAUCAUUUUAAAACAAAUAUUGCUGGUUUAAAUAUUCAUUUUGUUCGUGUGACACAACCAUCUCGAGUUAAUGAAAGAAAAGAAGCUAUCUUAUUUUUACAUGGUUGGCCAAGUUCAUUUCUUGAAUAUCUUGAUAUUGCUCGUCUUUUAAAUUCAUCAUCAAGCGCAAAUUAUGAUCUUAUUAUUCCAUCAUUGCCUGGCUAUGCUUAUUCCGAUGCACCUUUACGUUCCGGAAUGAAUCCAACACAAAUAGCUCGUAUUAUGCAAAAUUUAAUGCAACGACUUGGUCAUAGUAAAUAUAUUGUAUGUGGAGGUGAUUGGGGAGCUAUUAUUGGUACAUUAAUUGCACAAUUAUAUCCUAGUCAUGUUCGUGGACUUUAUAUAACAAUGGUAGCAGCAUCAUUAUCAUUUAAACAUAACAUACAAUUAGCUCUUGGACAUUUUAUAAGUCCAUCGAUAUUACUUGACUAUGAUGAACAAGAAUUUUUAGUUAAACGUUUUAAUGCAUUUGAUUAUGCUGCACAUUUGUGGCACGAAGGUGGCUAUUUCCAUUUACAAGCAACAAAACCGGAUACCAUUGGUUAUGCACUUAAUGAUUCACCGAUUGGUUUAGUUGCCUAUAUAUUGGAAAAGUGGUCUCGUUGGUCUAACAAUCAAACUGAAGUUGAUCAAUCAAUUAAUUCCGGUUUAGAUCGUUUUACACUUGAUCAACUUCUUUCAAAUGUGAUGUUAUAUUGGACUACAGGAACAAUAACUUCGUCAAUGCGCAUUUAUUUUGAAUUUUUUUCUCAAAUGAUGUCUGGUCACGACAGUAAACUUCUUGAUGGUCCUUUAGCUACAUCAGUACCAGUUGCCAUUAUUAAUUAUCGUAAUGAAUUAUUGUAUACACCACGUACAAUAGCACGAUCCAAAUACCCGAAUAUUAAAUUAUGGCUAUAUCAUACAACUGGUGGACAUUUUGCUGCAAUAGAAAAACCAAGAGAAUAUGUCCGUGAUAUUGAAAAAUUUUUAUUGCAACUUUAA